UUGUAGAAAUGGUCCCCUAUUUUUGACGAAGUUUGAAUAAUAUAUUUUGUCCGUUUUGGUAGAAGGAAUACAAUUUUAUUUUAGCAAAUUCAAAUCCCUUUUUCUUGUUCUGUGAUCUUCUAACUGGCGAACUAACUAAUUCUCUUUGUUAUGGUUAGUUGAGGUUGGGUUUGUGGGGUGUGUAAUGUUUAUUUGGUAGUUUAUUUUUUUGAGAUUUUAUCUCGAUCAAAAAUGAUAUUUAUAUUUAGAACAUACUCCUAUCAGAUAACGUUAUUAUGUUUGACAUCAUUAUCAUUAGAUUUUGUUCUGUCAGGUUUGGGGCAAAAUGUUUGGAAAACAAAUCAAGUGGAAAAAUCUAAACCUUCCAAAGAGCAAAACAUUAUCUGGUGUACAAUAAGUGUAAAUGAAACAAAUAAAUGCACAAGCCUCUCCAAAGCUGUGGAACGAGAUCAGAUUAAGCUCGGCCGCGAUACUGUUAAAAUAAGUUGCCUUCAGGCCACCAAUAAAGAUGAAUGCAUGGCUCUACUUGAUGAAGAAAAAGCCACCAUGACAACAUUAGAUGCAGGACAAGUUUUUGUUGGUGGACGAUACCAUAGUUUAGUUCCCAUAGCUCAAGAGAUUAUGGAAGGUGGCUUUAACUAUUAUUAUGCAGUGGCCGUGGUAAAGCUAAACAGUUUGCCUGAUGUUUUCUCGUUGGGUGAUCUUAAAAAUAAGAGGGCCUGCUUUGCUGGAGUGGAGACCUUUGCCGGCUGGAUGCUUCCUAUAAGCACUCUAAUGAAAGAAGGGUUUAUGAAAAUCAUCGACUGCAACAAUCAUGUUAAAAGUGCGACAAAUUUUUUUGGUUCUUCCUGCGCGGUGAACUGCCUCUCUGAUAAAUACAACCCUAUCGGGGAUAACUCUGACAAACUAUGUCAGUUGUGUAUAGGUCCCAUACCAGGCAGGAGGUGUACAGAUGCGGACCCGUACGCUGGGUAUAAUGGAGCCUUUAGAUGUUUGCUAGAGGCAGGAGAAAUAGCGUUUGUCAAGCACAACACAGUUCCUGAACUGUUGGCCAAGUCGGAAUACUCUACUGUGCCACCAGACACAUUUGAACUAUUUUGUAAAGACGGUUCGCGGAGACCCAUAUCGGAUUAUCUAAGUUGCCAUUGGGGCAGGGUGCCUUCAGACGCGAUUAUGGUGUCUUCGGCCGUUUCGUUUGAGCAGAGGGAGUUGUACCAGAGAUUUUUAAAAAAACUUGCAGAUACAUUCGCUCAAAAUGGUACGAAACCGGCGUUUGAUGGUCAGCCAGAGUUUGGAAACCGUAUCCGGCCAGGUCAGAAUUUCGAUGAGUAUGGUAACAGGGGCAAUCAGGGGGAAUAUGACCAGUACGGCAACAGGGUGCAUCGGUUUAAAAGGCAGGAUUAUGGUCGCGACAGGUUUGGGGGCAACAGGUUUGGGGACGAUAGGUAUGGCAAUGCCAACCCGUAUGACCAGGACAACUACCGCCAGGAAAAUCAGGAUAGGGUGGGGCAGAACAGUCAGUUUGACCAACAAUCUAAUAGAUUCGGGCAAAACAUCCCAUAUGACCAGAACCAAUACGGCCAAGAUUUCAACAGGGAGGAUCAAAAUAACGUAUACUACUACGAGUACUUUGAUUUGUUCGAGUCUGUUCCUAGAUAUGGCGACCAUGGGAACUUGAUGUUCCAGGAUAGCGCCAGAGGUAUUGCAGCGAUCCCCGAGACCAUGCAGACGUAUACAGCGUUUCUAGGAGAGUCCCACGACGUGAUAAUGGGAGUGAGAGAGUGCCCUGUCAAUAGGAUGACACUCUGCGUGACGUCGGACGAAGAGAAGAACAAGUGUGUCAAAAUGAGGACAGCCCUGAAAGCUCAACUACUCAAACCGGAGAUGGAUUGUUACAAGGGCCACUCCCAGAUCAACUGUAUGCAAGCGAUCAGGGCGGGAACCGCGGACGUGGCCGUGUUGGACGCCAGCGACGUCUACACCGCCGGUCUGAACUUCGACCUGGUGCCUUUCAUCAGCGAAGUUUACAAUUUGGAGGAUCCCGACUAUUACGUGGUCGCUGUUGCCAAAGAGUCGGAUCCCGAUACCGAGCUAACGUAUUUGAGGACGAAAAAUACAUGCCACGGCGGCAUAAGCAUGGCCGCCGGGUGGGUGUAUCCCCUCGCGUUCCUCAUCAGCAACGGAUGGAUACGACCCUACGGUUGCAACAGCGUCCGCGCCGCUGCCGAAUAUUUCACGAAGAGCUGCGUUCCGGGCGCCAUAAGUACCGAAUACAAUACCGGGGUGCCCUACGACAACAUGUGCGAUCUCUGUCACGGAAGCAGUUAUCGAUAUUGCCGCCGGGACGCCUCAGAGGACUACUACGGCCAUACCGGAGCUUUCAGGUGCCUGGUCGAGGGUGGCGGUGACGUGGCGUUUGUCAAACACACGACCGUGUUCGAGAACACGGGCGGCAAAAAGAGGGAGUGGUGGGCGAGGGACAACCUGCUCGAAGACUUUGAACUGUUGUGUCCGGACGGCACGAGGGCCGAGAUAAACGAAUACAGGAAGUGCAACUUGGGGCGGGUAAAGGCGAACGCUGUAGUGACGAGGGGCGGCUACGGGUACAACGAGACGCAGAUAAACGCUUACGUAAACUUGUUUCUCUACGCUCAGACGUUCUACGGACGGAAAACUACGGACGAAUUCAGUUUCAGCAUGUUUACGUCACCCCCGCCAUACUCCGACCUGAUAUUCCAAGACGCGACCACGCAAUUGGAGGUGAUCGACCCUAGCAAACGAUAUUACUCGACAUAUUUGGGCAAGGACUUCAUGCGCGCGCGGCGUAUAGUGGACUGCCACGCUGGCGUCGACCCCGCCCACCCGGUUUCGCUGGCCGUUGCCGUUACGAUCGCGUUGGCGCUGGCGAGAACUGUUUAAACUAUUUUGUGUUCGUAUUUUCAUGAUCCGACUUUACCAGCAUUUAUAGUUUGUCGUUACGGUUUACCUCGUAGUUUUAGCGAUACGACUUUUACGCGUUUAAUCAAAGUUACUUUGUGCGGCUUAUAUAGGGUUCACUCCAUACGGCAUCGAAUAUUGUGGCCAAGAUAAAAUUAUUUUCAUACUAUACAGGUUGUAUAGUGCGCUGAUUGGCGCGAUAUAGCCCACAUCCGCUCAUGCUACGAGGUUUUCAUUACAUUCAUUCAUUUGUGUUAUCUUAUUACCGCACUCUAACAUAGCUAGGGCCUUCUGGCAGUUUCUUAUAGCCUUGGAAGCGCUACGAGGUGUGCAUAUUUAAGAGACAGAUUGAUAAUAAUGAGGUCUGCCUACUCAUACCUGCUUGGCAGGAUCACUUCAUAGGGUCCGUCAACAAUGUCUUUGGCAUCAUGUCUGGUGGCACAAUGCCAUAAUCUGAUACCGUGUCCAGCAAAUGGGUACGUUCAAUCACACAUGGCUGCGGUUUCACCAAAGCCGCUUGAAAAAGCCCAGUAAGGUAUAACCAUGGACCCAUAUAUUUUAUAUCUGAAUUUUAAUCUCAAUUCUAAUAGCUACUUUAAGUAGCUAUAAAUUGAUUAAUUUAAAUUUAAUUCCAUAUCUUUUAACUUACCAGGGAAUGUACUUCGAUCAUUCGACUUCAUUCUUUGCGUGUUCGCAGAAUAUACCAAAAAGUUCUUAUUCUCUGCCACUUUAUUUAACACCCACAUAAAAAAUGUAUUUCGAUUGUCAAAAUUAUUUCCAUAAAGUUUGUGCUACCAACUUAUAACAAUGGAUUUUUUUUUAAAGAAUUCUUGAAAUACUUUCAUUAAUCUUUGAAUUUUCUGUACUGUGUACCAAAACAUUUUCUUUAUAUAUUUUUGUUUUUCUCAUUCCUUAAUAUUUUCGUAAAAACGAUGGUUUCUUUCAGCAUAAACACGAACGCGCAAGAAAAAAUAAAUCAUAUCAAUACGCCCUUUUUUUUUUGGGUAUAUCUUCACUUGAACUAGACUACUUCAACGCAAUCCACAAGACAACAAUUAUCAAAAAUAAUACCCCUAUUGCGAAAUGAGACAAAUCUUAUAGCCUAACUGAAUUAGAAAGAAUAAUAAUUGACAGGUAACUGAAAAGUAUGGUGUUUCAUUUAAAUGAAUCAAGUUAUAGCCACUUAAAGGUUUUAAAGAUGUGAUGCUUUUUAUAUUUGAGAUAUAAAACAUGAGUUAAGUUUUGAUAAAAUUCACAUCGUUAAAAAAAAACUUUAAGGUUUAGAUAUCAUAAGUCUCAUUUUGGUCGUAGAAUCUAACAACCGGGGGCUCAUACUUUGAUACUUUUAACACUUGUGGGAGAACCUGUAUAGUAUAAAAGUGAUUUUAAAGAGGGCGUCGUAUAUACGAGAUAUUUUGCAUUUAAGUCUAACCCCUCUACCAUUUGAUAAGUAUCGACAAUCAGUUUGACAUAUCAAUCUAUUGUAAGCUCGGGUGCCUUAUUAAUAACUAAAUCAUGAGCAAAAAUACUAAUCUGAGGUACUGAGGACCCUGGGUACAUCAGUAGAAAGACCGUGCCAAAAGUUAUUCAAUUGUCAAAAGUUUUUGUAAAUUUCCGUAAGCUUUAUCAAAAAAAUAUAUCAGUCAUAAUUCGUAGAUCAUAAAAUUAUGUGCAAAAAAGAUCCUUAUACUUUUUUCCCGGUACAUUUACUCCACUUAAACCUUAAAAUCACAGUAUCUUUGGACUGGUGAUUUCUAGGAAAAAAGUUUAAGGACUAUUUUUUUGAGAUAACUUUAUGUUCUACAAAUAAUAGCAGAGAUAUUUUUUUGAAGAAAGCUCUAAAAACCCGAAAAUUUAAAACUUGACCUUGAAUAACUUUUUUAACAUACCUGCGGUCGACGGGGUUUUUGGCAUUUUAUUUCUACACGUGUACCCAGCGCAUCCACCAAUAUCCAACUCUGUCGGAACUUUUGUUGAUUUUGAAUUUUUAUCUCAUUUGGCUGGAUUAAACCUAUUAAUUCGAAUACGUUAUAUGAAAUUUGAGUAAAAAGUAGCCUUGUCUUGAUUCGGUAAUACGUUUUCCGGAUUUUCUAUUCGAAUAGUUUUGCAUAGUAUUUUAUCGUAUUUCUGCACGACAAAAUAAUAAAUAAAAUCCUGAAAAGAACGUCGGAAAUUCUUCCGAGCGCAUUUUUUGCGUUUCAAGUUAUUUUAAUUUUAAAUUAAGAAUUUACUGGAUCCGGCACUGUUGUCGGUAGUUCACGUUAAUGCUCAUUGUAUUGUUUUUAAUUGUAUUUAAUUUUCCGUCCAAUGUAUACAUUCCAAUGAACGUUUUUUGAUUUUUAUAAUGUUUAUAUUUUAAUAAAUAUGGUCAAAUUUU